AUGUCGCUGGCCCAGCACGUAACUCAAGCCGACGGCUUCGAGUAUGAAUUCCCUCCCGCAGCCAAUCAGCCCUCGAGCAACGCAGACCGAGAGACUUCAUCGGUGGCUCGCGUCGUGACCCCCAGCAAACCUGAGUGGCAACGCAUGAACUUUUCACCAACCGGUUCGGAUUCUGAAGAAGCCCACAUCGCCGCAUACAAGGUUUCUGUUGCAAAGCGAAUCGUCCAGGUGGCGACCGCCAUCGCAGCUUGCUGGCUGUCUGCCGGCAUCGUGUUUGGCUUUGCUGCCCUGAAACCCGUCUUGGUUGCUGAAGGGGUGUACGGCGAUUUGUGUGAUGGCAACGACACCGCUCUUUGGCACAGCCCAAACGCCGCGGCUGCCGUGCCCUGCGACGAGCAGGAUCUGCGGCUGAACCUCUUCUUCACUGUCGCAUCCGUUGCCGCGAACGUGUCGUCGCUUCUAGCUGGCUAUGCUCUCGACAAGUACGGCAGACGCACUUGCUGGAUCGUCGCUUGCGUGCUUCUCCUCUCAGGCAGUCUCCUGAUGGCGGCCUCGUUUGCCAUUCCCAAGCUCGAUGCCUAUCUCGUGGCCAAUGUGUUACUCUCACUCGGCGGCACUUUCAUCUUCGUCCCCAGUUUCGAGCUGGCAAAUGCUCUUCCAAAGUACUCGGGCAUAGUUGUGGCCAUGACCACGGGAGCAUUCGACGCGUCGGCGGCCGUUUUCCUUCUCUUUGGCGCGGUCUACGAAGCAACAGGCGGCCGGAUUUCCGUUGCAAGUUUCUUCUUCGGCUACGCCAUGGUCCCCGUCCUCAUCCUCGCCGCCGAGCUCGCCUACAUGCCGCAGCAGUCCUACCACACCAUUUCCGAACUCGAGCACAAGAUUGAAAAAGCCCAAGACAGCAGCCGUGAUGUCCACGAGUCGGACGACGACGUUCAAGACGCACAAGAAUUAGCAAGAGUACAAGACGCUCGGGCGGCCCGCCGCAUGGCCAAGCUGGACCGAAUCGAAUCCAUUACCGGGGACUCGGAACAUCGUGACCAGCGAAGGAGAAUCAACAAGGCGCGGCAGACAGCCAGCGGCCGUGUGUGGGGUGUCAUGCACGGCGUCCCAACUCGCAGGCAGUUGCUCAGUCCCUGGUUCAUGCUCAUCCUCCUGUUGACCAGCAUCCAGAUGCUGCGCAUGAACUACUUCAUCGCUACUAUACGCUCUCAGUAUCGAUACAUGCUGGGCUCGGACGAGCGCUCCGCAAGCGUGAACCGCUUUUUCGACAUGGCCCUGCCGGUUGGAGGCGCCGUCACGACUCCCUUCAUAGGCGUGCUGCUCAACAAUCACGGCAUAUCCACGAUCCUUUGCUUCUUGACGGCCUUGAUCAUCCUCAUUGGCACGCUAAACUGUCUGCCGUACUUGUGGGCGGGCUACGCCACCGUUGUCGCCUUUAUCGUCUUUCGACCAUUGUACUAUUCCGCCGUCUCGGACUACGCAACUAAGAUAUUUGGAUUCACCACCUUUGGACGUAUCUACGGCACGUUGAUAUGCGUUUCGGGAGUCGUCAAUCUCGCGCAGUCAGGCCUCGACGCUCUUGUACACGGGGCCCUCGAUGGAAACCCCACUCCCGUCAACGUCGCCUUUACUGUAGCAGGAGCGUGUACUGGUGCGGCCCUGACGAUUUUCGCUACUGCCCAGGCUCGCUCGCUUUCAGGGAGGGAUGGUACGACGCCGCCGCCCAGGCGUGGUGAACGCCGGCCACUGCUGUUGAGAGACUAG